GGAGAGAGGAGGAGACUUUCGCAGAUGCGGGUAGAAGAAGAAGAGGAUCAGAGUGGACUGGACGCGGCGAAGGUGAAAUGAGUGCAAAAAGAAAAAGCUACUCCGUGGAGUACAAGAAAGGAAUCGUGGAAGACUCUUGGGGCCAAAAUCUUACUGCUUUCUGUAAAGAGAAGAUGUUGAAUAUCCGAUUGGUCCGAAAAUGGCGAGCAGAGUAUGGUAACCUCAUUGAACAAGUGGACAAAGGAAAUGCUAAAAAGCGCAAGUGUGGAUCAGGUCGGCAACGAUUAUUUUCCGAGCUGGAAGACCUGAUCUGUGAAUGGGUUGUUGACAGGAGAGCAAAGGCUUUGGUUGUGAAUAGGGCUCAGAUUCAAGAAUUUGCCCUUGCAAUGGCACCACAGUUUGACAUAGCCCCUGAAGACUUCAAAGCAUCACAACACUGGCUGGAUAAUUUCCUUCAGCGAAGUGAACUGUCUUUAAGAAGAUCCACAACAUUGUUUAGACUGGAAGAUACUCAAGUUACUACCGUACCGUAUACAGUCUCUGGUGUAAUUGGAGGAGUCAACAGGUUGCCUGUACAGAGCCUGCUGCUGCCUAAGGAUGGAGGAAAAUACUUUUGUGAAGCAGAAACGGCUAAAUACUUCAUCACUGCGAGCAAGUUUUCAAGUUGCCAAGCUAAUAGCGUGCACUGGCAGACCAUUUGUGUAGGGAGAAUUUGUUAAAGAAUGCCUUCUUUCUGUUGCCAAAGAGAUGUGUCCAGAGAAGGUCGAUUUAUUUAGUACAGUGAGUCUUUCAGGACCCUCAAUUACAGGAAGGAUUGAAGAAAUGGGAGAUAAUUUGCAUCAGCAUUUGUAAAACUCCGCAAAAAAACUUUCCUGUUUUUCCUUGGCACUCAAUGAAAGUAAUGAUGUUCGUGAUUCUGCACAACUUCUAAUUUUUAUUCAUGGGACAAAUGACCAUUUUGAAGUCACAGAAGAGCUUGCUGCGCUGCAAAGCAUCAGAGGAACAACUACAGGAGAGGGUAUCUAUGAAAAGGUUUGCCAAACUGUGAAUAGUUUGGAGCUGGACUGGGCAAAACUAGUCAGUGUGACAACUGAUGGUGCUCCUAGCAUGGUGGGGUCUAAGAAAGGAGUAAUUGCUCGCAUUAACCAAGAGAUGGACAAACAGAACCAUUCUCAUCCGAUAGCCAUACACUGCCUCAUCCACCAACAAGCACUGUGUAGUAAAUCACUGAAGAGGGACUCUGUUAUGAAAACUGUGUUAACUUCAUUAGAGCUAAUGCACUAAACCACAGACAAUUUCAGGAAUUUCUGUCUGAGCUAAACGUUGCCUGUGAAGAUGUUCCAUACCACACAGAAAUCCGUUGGCUGAGUCGAGGGAGAGUUUUGAAACAUUUCUAUGACUUACUUCCACAGAUUAUAGCUUUUCUGCUUUCAAAAAACAAGUAUCAUAGCUCAAUGCAGAAUGGAAAUGGCACCUUGCCUUUCUGACAGAUGUAACAGAGCUACUCAACAGUUUCAAUGUGCAACUUCAAGGAAAGGGGAAGCUCAUCUGUGAUGUGCAAUCAUAUGUGAAAGCAUUUGAUGUAAAAUUAGGCCUCCUCAUCAAACAAGUGAAGGAGGAAAAUUUCUGCCAUCUCCCCACAACUCAAAAUCUGUUAGCGGAAAAUCCAUUGGUUGCAUUCCCAAAUAAAACGUGUGGAUUCACUGGAAAAGUUGCAAAAGGAGUUCCAAUUUAGAUUUAAAGAGCUUCAUCUCCAUGAACAGGACAUACAGCUUUUCCAUAACCCAUUUUCUAGUGACAUUGAACAUGUGGAUACGAUUUACCAAAUGGAACUGGCUGGACUGCAGAAUUGUGACUCUCUGAAAGAUGCAUUUAAGUCAAGCAGCCUUCCUAAUUGCCAUGCAUCUCUCCCCUCUGAGACAUAUCCUAAUCUCAGGAACCAUGCACUCAAAAUGGCAACCAUCUUUGGCAGCACUUAUAUCUGUGAACAGACUUUUUCCAGAAUGAAACAUCUGAAAUCUCCAACAAGAUCUAGACUAACUGAUGCACACUUGCAUCACUUGUUGCGACUGGCAGUGACAAAUAUGGAACCGGACAUUGACCAUCUCAUUAGCCAAAAGCAGGCCCAUAGUUCCCAUUGAAAUACUGAAUCACCGUUGACCCAUGGCUUCACUAGAAGAGAAAGUAAAUUGUUUUCUUUGGUCAGUUGAACUAAAAUCUGCUGCUGCUGUCCAGAGAAGGUUUAGAACUCAUUACAAGAAAGACACACCACAGAGGAACUCCAUAUCCAAGCUGAUGAAAAAGAAACAGGUUCUGUCAGUGGUAAGCUGUGGUCUGGUAGGCCAUGUGUUAGUGAAGAAACUGUAGCAUCCGUAGAAGGAAGCUUUGAGGAAAGUCCAAGGAAGUCAUUAAGAUGGGCAUCUCUAGAGCUGAGGCUUUCAAAAUCUAUUGUGCAUAAGAAACUGCAGACAAGACUUCAUGUGAAAGGGCCCCAAACUCAAGUGCAUCACGUGUGGUUAGAAGAGGGUUGUCAUGCAUGAUUGCCACCAGUUUGAGUAACUUUAUGUUCUCUGAUGAAGCAACGUUCCACAUUAGUGGCAAGGUCAACAGGCAUAAUUGCCAUAUUUGGGGAACUGAAACUUCACAUGCAUCUGAUGAAUAUGAAAGAGAUUCUCCCAAAGUUAAUGUGUUGUGUGCUUUGGGGAAAAAUUGAGUCACAGGGUGUUGUUAAUGCUGAUAGUUGUUUAGAAAUGCUGUGAAAUUACUUAAUUCCUCAGCUUGAACAAUUAGGUCUGAGAGAGAAUACAGUGUUUCAACAGGAUGGUGCUUCUGGUGACUUUGCAUGUUAGACAGUUUUUACGUGAGAAAACCAAACAGAUGGUUGAGAAGAGGUGGACCAUUUUCUUGUUCUCCGUGUUUGCCGGAUUGGAUUCCACUGGCUUUCUUUUUACCGGGACAUGUGAAAACUGAUGUUUAUUCAACCAAACCUCUUUAGAAGACUUGCAAGCUAGGAUAACUUGAUUGCUCAUAUUACUAAAAAUCAGCUUGAAAAUGUUUCCCAAGAACUACAGAAUUUUAUUACCCUUUGUACUAGUAAUGAUGGUGAACAUGUUGAUAAUUAGCAAGAACAUUAAAAAAUGUGUUUCUUCUUUCUAAUCUUUUCUACAGGUUUUUUCUAUCACAUAAUCUUAGAAAGUUACAACUAUUUUAAAUUGCACAUGACCUUUACGGACAUCAUGUAUAGUUUUAGGAGAGCUUGUUAUAAAUUUUUUUGCACCAAAAUAAACUUGUACUAAUUACAUCAUGUCUAAACAGGAUCUAAUUUGAGGCACUAAGAAGGAUAAAAAAGCUAUCAGAGCAGUAUGAACUCUGCUAAAAUUUAAGCAAGAACAAACAUCAAAUUUAUGGUGAAGGUUGGGUGGAAAAAUAGUGAAGUCAUUGAUGCUUUACAAGAAGUUUAUGGUAAAAAUGCUCCAAAGGAUGAGUGACAGUUUACCAAAGAAUGACUAGUUUUGAGAAGGCUUGAGAAUGUGUUGAAGAUGAAGCCUGUAGUAGCAGGCCAUCCACAUUCAUUUGCAAGGAUAAAAUUAAUCUUAUUGGUGACCUCACACACUUUAUGGGGGGAAAACAUGAUUGCAAGAGGGACUUUACCUAACAAUUGCAAUCAGUGUAACCUGGCUUAUUGUACCCUCAGUGAAUCUCCAACAAUAAAAAAAAAAAAAAAAGAGUACUGACAAUUGACAGCAGAAACAAUAACCAACACCUUAGACAUCUCAAUUGAUUUAACUUACACAAUCCUGAUCAAAAAUUACAGUUGAGCAAGCUUUCCACUCUAUUGGUGCCAAACCUCUUAUGCUCAGAUCAGCUGCAGACAAACCAGAGCUUUCCAUGGAAAUUUUAAAGUGGGACCAAGAUCGUGAAGCGUUUCUUAGAAGGACUGUAACAGAAGCUAGAACAGGAUUUACCAGUAUGAUCCUGAAGGCUAAGCACAAUCUGAGCACUGGCUCCCGAGAAGUGGAAGUGGUCCAGUUAGCAAAAGCAGCCAGAAACGAAGGUGAUGGCAAGAGGGUUUGGGGAUGGUCACGGCAUUUUGCUUGUUGACUUUCUGGAGAGCCAGUGAACAAUAACAUCUGCUUAUUAUAAGAAUGUUUUGAGAAAGUUAGCCAAAGCUUUAGUAGAAAAAUGACUGGGAAACUUCACCAGGGAGUCAUUCUCCACAAGGACAAUGCUGCUUAGUCCUCAUUCAGUCCAGGGCAAUUUUUGAAAAUUUCAAUGGGAAAGCAUUAGGCAUCCACCUUACAGUACUGACUACUUUUUGGUUCUUAAUCUUAAAAGAAACUGUAAAGGGCACGCAUUUAUCGUUAGUUAAUAAUAUAAAAAAGACUACAUUUCCAUGGUUAAAUUCUUUAGGGAUGGACUAAAUGGUUAGUAUCUUCGCUUAUAAAUAUUUUGAAAUUGAUGGAUUAUGUUGAUAAGUAAAGUUUUUUUUUUUUUUUGUAGAGACAGAGUUUCACUUUAUUGCCCUCAGUAGAGUGCCGUGGCGUCAAACAGCUCACAGCAACCUCCAACUCCUGGGCUUAGGC